GGCAACAAUUCGCGCCGGUGGGCAUCCCACUGUCUUCUGUCAACAUCGUUGCCAGAGAAGGCGACAGGUGCCACUUCACGAAAGCCCACGGGACUCUGGGAUGCUGGGUUCGCCAUCCACUACGCCCAAACACGCAGCGGCUCCGCCACAAAUCAACUUGCCAUCGAACGGACACUGGACGAUGGCUCCGAGCGCAACCACGAUCCCAACGCUUCCUGCCCUGCGCAUACAGCCGCACUACCAAAACCACUUGGCAGCAUCCACGACAACGUUGAUUGCCGAGUGCGAAACCCCAUGCGCGGUUCGCCGCUGCAGUCACUACGCCAAGAUGCACGGCUACUGCUUAGCACACCACCGCUCGAUCGUUCAACUGCACGUGCCAUCGACGCCGACGACAUCUGAAGAAACGCGACCAAGCAUCGGAGACACCAGCAGCGGGUACGAGUCGGCUCUUGGCAGCCCGUUAGCCGAUAGCUCCAAAAAGCUCAAGCUCAAGAAUCGCAACCGAAAGUGCCGCACGGAAUCGUGCGUGUCGUACGCACGAAGCGGCGGGUUCUGCACACGCCAUGGCGGUGGCCGUAAGUGCCAAGCCGACGGUUGCGGCACCGCGUCCCAGACCGGCGGCUUUUGCCGUCUCCACGGCGGCGGCUCCCGGUGCCGCAUCGCCCAAUGCGAUCAGUUUGCGCGCAUUCGUGGCCUGUGCCUUCACCACAACCGCGUGGCACCCGACGACUGCGGAUCGUUUUCAUCGUCGCAUGAAGAUCGCUCAUGAUGCCACUUUCGUUGCCGUUUGCGUUGUAGCGUUCGCACUUGACCACCUAAUUUAACCACUCCUUCAUCCGCA